AAAAAUUUAACUAACCCUAAAUAUUCCAUAAAUAAAUCAAUCCCAUACAAAAUAAAAAAUAAUUAAAAUACCGUUCCGAAAACGAGGAAUAUUGUUGCUGUGAUACGACAGUUUUUUGUUCGCGAAAGACGCGAUCUUGCAGUGUCCAUUUUUGACCCGCGUUCUAUCCGAAUAAACGGAGAUGUACGACGAUUGUAUAUUUCUGUCGCUGCGAUUUCCGCAGAAAUUAUGGCGGAUCGUGAACGAAUGCAAGAGCGGUGCCAUCCGGUGGAGUUUGAGCGGCAACACUAUACUCCUCGACUACAAGAAGUUUCAGGAACAAUAUUUGGACGCGGGCAACUCCAUCUUCAAGACGAAGAACAUCACCAGCUUCAUCAGACAGUUGAACCUUUAUGGCUUCCGGAAGGUUACCUCGCACAACCGGGAUCCCAUUUGCAACUCCCAUAAUCCGGACGUGCACGAGUUUCUGCACGAGAACUUCCGGACAGGAAGACCCGAUCUCCUGUCUAGGGUCUACAGGAAAACGGCUGGAAAGGUGAAACACUGUCAUCGUGUUAAUUCGAAAAACACCACCGAAGAAUUUUUGAAUAAGGACUCUGAUCACGUGUCGCGUUUGCAUAUGUGUCGGUUGGCAUUAACAAAAACCUUAGAACAGAUAUCGCGGGAAUAUCAGAAAACGCAAAACCAUGAAACCAAAGACAAACAUUCCUUGAACUCCUUAAACUCCCAUGAAAAAGGUAUUAUAACUUAAUUUGUAACAUAUUAUGAUUCUAAUUAUGAAAGAAGUACAAUAAAUUGCUCUGAUUUUGGCACUGUACUAAUCAAUGGCAUAUCCAAUUUUAGUAAAAAUUGAUUUUUUUUUGCAAUUAAUAAAUUACAAAAAUUUCAGUAUUCAGCCUUAACUUAUAUGCUACGCAAGCCCAUGAAUCAAACAUGAAUUGGAUUACAAGAAAUUCGGUGUCAAUUUCUUCAAAAAAGGAUAAUUCGAUGAACCGACGAUUCAUUCCCAGUGUUUACGUAAAAUGGACAGAUUUCUCGAAAAAUAACUGAAUGCCUAUGAAACUUUGUAUGAUUCAAGUUUUCUGUAUUAUCAGUAUCAUAGUAUUUAACUUAGAAUAAUUUACUGUGCAUAAUUUAGAUUAGUAAUAUUACUGUACUCAUAAAAUACAUACUAAAAAAUAUAUAACAUGCAUAUAGAA